CUUUUUAAACAUUUGUUUUCUAUCCCACCACUGAUGAUAGGAUAAUAAUAAUAAUAAUAGUUUAUUUCUGAAAACUUGAUGACAAUGUGGUACCAACUAUGUUUACUUUCAACACUUGUUAGGUUAUCAGGGGUACCAGUUAAUACUAGAUCAAGUAAUAGAUUUUAAUUAAAAAUAAAUAACCUAUAAAUCAAAUUAAGUAUUCGAAGUGACAUCAAUAAUGUCGUCGCCAAAUCCGUAUGUGAAACAUUAUAAUAAAACAAAACGAGUAGGACCGAAAUCACGGCAGAUUUCGUCACCCGAUAAAAAAAAAAAAGAAAGGUAGUGUGAAUAUUAAAAAAAAAUCAGAGCAACCGCAGGAAUGUGACAACAACAUCAAUCCUGACCCUGCUGUUAGCGAGAAGACGAUCGAUAAAAAAGGAGAAAAGAAGUGCGAGGAAGAAAAAGGACCUCAAAUUCCUGAAACAAAUAUCUAUACUCGUAUGAAAAAAAUUGAAAUGGAGUUAUAUAGAUUGAGGAAGGGUAUGGGUGAAUUGAAGAAGGAAAUGAACGAAUUGAACGAUACAAUAAAAUCAUGGAUGCGAAUGAUGGGCUAUAAUCAGCCACUUCCACAAGAUCGCCCCACAUAUUUACCCAGCUAUACACCGACAGUUCCACCUCCGCAACCUCCGCCUUCAUAUCCACUUCAGCCACCACCAUCUUCUUAUCCACCACCACCACCACCACCUCCAUCUUCAUAUCCACCACCACCACCUCCAUCUUCAUAUCCACCACCACCACCUCCAUCUUCAUAUCCACCACCACCACCUCCAUCUUCAUAUCCACCACCACCACCUCCAUCUUCAUAUCCACCACCUCAGUCUUCAUAUCCACCUCCACCAUCAAUUCAUGUGCCACCACAAUCAGGACAUUACUAUCCCUACAGUAAUUGAUAAUUAAAAUCAA